AUGUCAGCCAACAAGGAGCCUGAAUUUAAAAAAAUGAACUGUGAUCCACCCAACAAACCAGGAGUCGCGAAUUCUUCGCCAGUAGUGCAAAACACUCUGGUUUCAAAAAGGAGAGAAGAUUCCUCGAAUGAAUCGAAUUCGAAGAAAAAGGUGAAAUCCCAGAUUGAUGAGAUUUUCACCGCACUCUUGUCAAAGGAAAUUCUACCAGAAGCUCCUCUACUUCCGCCUACAUCAAAUGAGUUCCAAAGCAUGUUCAAGUAUUAUUUCACCACCGAUUUAUCGAAAAACAUGUUUCCCCCGCUGCCAAAUAUAUUUGGAUUAGGGAAAUCCCGCGAGUCCCCACUCAACCCAAAGGACAAGAAGACCGAAUGA